AAACCAGAGCUCCUCCAAUAGGGAAUGAGUAUCUCGCGCAUGCACACUGGGUCUCUGGCGCUCGGGUGUGUACACACGGCCCCGGAGCCAUCUUCGGUGGCAAUCGGCUUUUCUCGGUGGUUUCCGUGAGCGGGUCAAAGCCGCUGGAAAUCGCGGAGAGCUCGGGAAUUUCCGUAACCUGUCGGGUAUUUCCGCGCUAUCCCAUUCAUUCUUUUUACUUUCCGGAGAGGGUGAUCGGGUGUUGCCGAGGGCCACUUUCGUGUGUUUCCGGAAGUGUGUUCGGGUGUUUCCGGAGAGAUGGACGAGGCUCAAGCAUCUCAGCUCGGGUUAUCAGAGGCAGCGGCAGCAGUGGCUGCGGUGGCGGCUGCUUCUGUACGGGACGGACCAGAAGUUGCCUCGGUCACUGUCAUGACUGGGCCUGAAGGGAGAAGCGCUGCGGGAAGCGGCUAUACAGAGGUCACCGUGUCCAGUGUUGGAGCGCCAGGAGAGAAUGUUUUCACCACUUCAGUGGCCAGCACAGGCUCCCUCUCUGAUCAUGUCCUGGCUGAGAGAGCUUCGCUACAAAUUGGAGACAGUCUCAGCACUGAGAAGGCCACUCUGAUAGUCGUACAUACCGAUGGCAGCAUUAUGGAAACGCAGAACAUCAAAGUGCCAACGUCCGGAUCUGAAAGGUCACCAAGCUCUCAGUCCCCAGGACCAGACAAAGAUGACACAAAAUACACCUGGGAUCAGUCUGCCUAUGAUAAUGAACUACCUGUACGGUGUCGUAAUAUAAGUGGCAUCUUGUACAAGAACAGACUCGGAUCAGGAGGUCGUGGGCGCUGUUUGAAGCAUGGAGAUGCGUGGUACACACCAACUGAGUUUGAAGCCAUGGCGGGCAGAGCCAGCAGCAAAGACUGGAAAAGAAGUAUUCGAUAUGCAGGAAGACCCCUACAGUGCCUUAUACAGGAUGGCCUGCUGACCCCUCAUGCUGCAUCCUGUACAUGUGCGGCCUGCUGUGACGACCUCAGUCUUAGCGGUCCAAUCCGUCUGUUCAUUCCUUACAAACGUCGGAAGAAGGAGAUAGAGAUGUCUACAGUUUCAGCCAAAAAAGACCCAACAAAGGAUAUCGGUCUUCUGCCAGCGACAGCCGAAACCACCUUCACUGUGUCUUCGUCUGGGCAGAUUACGGCUACAGAUUCGCUGACCUUUGAGAGAGAGGCCACUGCAGAGGGAAGCGCUAUCCUCACCAAUAGUCCUACACAGGGAGAUGUGUACACUGGAGCCACAGUGUUGUCUACUCUACCAGCGCUCGCUCUUGCUCCCAGUACUCCCACUAAGGAGUCCUCUUCUGCUGUGGUGAAUGGAUUGGAGGUAUCUGAGCAGCAAAGAUCCUGGCUGUAUCUGGAAGAAAUGGUGAAUUCUUUGCUCAGUACUGCACAGCAGCUGAAGAACUAUGUGGAACAAGCCAAAAAUGAGGUAUCAGCUGCCUCAGAGAGAAAGGAGUUCCCAAGUCAUUUGUUUCAGCAGACAGAAGAAAUAGAUGGGAAGCAUGAGAUAUUACUUAGGCAGUCCUGUGUUAACUGUGGAAGAGAAGCUCUUAAUGAAUGUACAGGCUGCCACAAAGUCAAUUACUGCUCCAUCUUCUGCCAGCGCAAGGACUGGAAGGAUCACCAGCACCUUUGUGGCCAGACCCCCACCUUGUCUGUCCAUGCUGAGGAUGUUCAUGUUACAGAGAAGCAUCCAGUCUGAUUAUCUUCAAGCAGUAUGUCCUACUAAGAGAUCCAUGAAAUCUUGCCAGGCAGACUCUGACAGGUGGAUACAGGCAUCCGCAUAGGACCAGGAGUGGGUUCUCAAUGAAUGCAGGAUGAAACACACCAGCUGAAUGUUUUUCAAAAACAUUUUUAUUGUACAUGGAACCCAAUUUCAUAGAUUUUACUCUACGGAAGAAAACCUUGUACUAUACCCGAACUCAGAUUACACUCAAUGUUUUGCUAUGACUGUACCAGCAGUCUCGUUGCAAUGUACAAUGUCCUCCUGUGUGCAGUGUUGGCUAUAGCUGAAAUUAAGAUGUGUGACAUUGCUUAUCGCUGGCUUUAUGCUAGCUAUUAGGAUGAAAGUCAUCUAAAAUGUUUUUCUCCAGUUUCAGUGAAAAAAUUAAUAGGUUUGAUCCUGCUGAGUGUAACUUGUCUGAAGGGUCCCUUCCAUCCUUGGCAUGGCCAAGGCAAGCUGAAAGUUCUUGUACUCUCCAUAAGUUUCAACGGAGAAUACACCAGAUACUACAGUGCAAAAUAUUGCUUCAAACUUUUUAAAUUGUUGAAAGAUGUAAAUAUCUAUAGGAGACAACCAAUUACUUCUUAGAGUCUGCAUCUAAGCAUGCAGUAAAUAUUAUAUGGACAUUCCCUUUUUUUUGCAAAGGAAGUGCUACCAUAUUAUGUAUAUACGGAGAAUAUUUUUCCGAAGACUUUUUGCUUCUUGAGCUAGUGCCAACAGAUUACUUUGUCACCUGUGGCUAAAUAGAAUGGGUCAAUCUGUUAGCUAUUAAAAUCUGUUCCCUGACAAAGUAUAAAAGAAUUUAUAGCGGGGUACACAUUUUGUAGGUCAGCUAUGUAGGUCAGGGUCGAAGGUGGAAUACCAACCUGAAUGUUAACCACUGAGCUCUCCAGAGGUUUGGGUGAUACCACCACCCUCUUCCUAUUGUAAUCACAUCUGUUAACAGAAUUGAAGUUUCUGAACGCUAGAUACCAAGGACCUCCAUGCAUCCAAUAAAAAAUAAGAAAAUUCUUGUUACAUUA